UAUUAACAAAACUAGUAAAUGCACUUGCAAACUCAUGCUUUGCCAUUGAAUUAUCGUUUACCAUCGGGAUAGCAGCAAUAAAGUUCUUCAUUGACACUAUUAGGAGUCGUUUGAAUUCUGAUGUUGGUAGAGGUAGGAUGUCAGAAUUCUGACAAAUAAUGUCUAUGGUUUCAAGGAGUGGUAUUUCUGUAGACAGUGGUGUCACAUCAAAAAAACCAUAAACUUACUAGCAAUAUUUAUAUGCUUUAUACUGUAAGCAAAUCCGAAUGAAUCCUUUAAUACAUACGUGGCUAAUCGUUGACGAACUGGUUCUUACUUAUCUGUUAACCAUCGUGCAACUUUAUGGUAUGAUGAAUUGACCAUUAACAGAAUAGGUCUAAAAGGAAUAUCUUGUUUAUGUAUUUUUGGUUAACCAUGCACGUAGGACAAACAAGACCCACGAGGUCGUAGGUUAUUGCAAGUGAAAUUAUCGAUCAUCUUAGUCUUCAGGAGAUCGCUGAGUACUUUCGCGAUUCUUUGCCCAGUUGAAUCAGUUAAGUCCUUGUUACUUUUAUCUAACUUUAAUCUCAUGUGGCCACUUUAAAUGAACUGUAUCUUAGAGACAUAAUCUGUUGUGUUCUUCAGAACAUUACCUGAGCCUUUAUCUGACGUAAUAUGACAGCCAUCAUUUCGCUUAAUUUUUCUGAUGUGUGUGUGAGAAUGAUAGUGAUUGAUUGUCUACUUAGUCACGCUUGUAGAUAGUCUGACGGGCGUUUGACGAGUCGCAUCUUUAUUGUCAUCACUGAUUGUUGGUUGCCGUUGGAUUGUGUCGGCUUGUUGUCCGCUUUCGGAGUGGAAAUACAUUUACGUCGUAGUCAGGCUAAUCACGUGUUCUUGAGCUGAGUUGUAUAGAAGUCUUGUAUAAUAGACACUGGGAGAGUAUCUAGUGUAGAUAUUCGUCUAAGGUAAAUUAAAGUCACGUUCGUGUAUACGAAGAAACUCCAACCGUUAUAACAGUAAAAAUGGUAGUUAAAACGCAUCUAUGCCAAUAUGUUCAGUUAAAGUGGGUUUUGUAACAACGAAAUGGAUAAUCUGAAAUUUUUAUUGCGGCACCAAAGUGAUUUUAUCAUAUCACUGAUCAAGAACAUGUCAGUAUCCCUGAAAACCCAGGUACUUAAUUCUACUAUGACUUCCGAUUCUAUUGCGACUUCAAUAAAUGAAUUCGGGUUUCAUCCGGAAAAUAGGAUUGUUUUGAGGCGAGGUUUAAGCGCCAUGAGUAUAUAUUUAUUAUUGAUGGUAGAGAGUGAAACGAAGGUUCUAAACGAAUAUGUUUACUACGGAGUUUCUGAACAUGAAAGGUUCUAUAAUUUUAUUCUCCCGAAGAAGCCAGCCGACAUUACAUUCAGAGAAACAAUAGAAUGCCUGACAAGUAUAUUCGGUGGACAAUCAUCAAUUUUUCACACUAGAUACCAGUGUUUCCAGAGUGCAGAUAAACCACAGAACGAUUCUGUGAUGCAUGCAAGCGUCGUGAGCCGGGAACGUGAGCAGUUCCGGUUACGGAUGUCCUCAGAUCAAUUUAAAUACCUUAUUUUUGUAUGUACGUUACAAUCUGCAGUAGAUACGGACAUCAGAACAUGGAGUUUAGCGAGGAUCAAACAAUAUACCAAUAUCAGUCUGCGAACGGUAUCUGAAUAAAAUGCUAAAGAAUGGUGAAUUUAAAGCAUUGCACAAAUCUCAUGGGAAGAAACAGUGGACACGCGCAAGUUGGUGCUUCGCGGAAAUCUCUAAGUGAAAAUGAGGAUUCGUACUCCCAGCGAAUUCCAAAUGGAAUGGAAUCCAAAACAGCUUGUUGACAAUGCGGUGUCAUUCUCGUAAUGUUUGCUACGUUUAAAAAAGAGUUUGUUUAUGAUGUGGCAAAUGUGGUCAUGCUCAAGCAUGUUGUAAAAGUAAG